CAUGCAAAGUUAACAGAGAUGCCGGAUAUAAAGUGUGUGAUCGUUGGGGACGGGGCUGUGGGAAAAACAUGCCUUCUGAUCAGUUACACCACCGGUGCUUUUCCAGAGGUGAUUGUCCCCACUGUGUUUGAGAAUUAUACUGCAAAUGAGACUGUCAAUGGGAAUCAAGUGAACCUGAGACUAUGGGACACAUCAGGCGUGGAGGAAUAUGACAGGCUUCGACCACUUUCCUACCAUCAGACGGAUGUGGUUUUGAUCUGUUUCUCUCUUGUGAGUCCAGCCUCAUUUGAAAAGGUCAGUGAAAAGUGGUGGCCAGAGGUCAGACAUUUUUGCCGCAGUGCUCCGAUAGUUCUCAUUGGGACUAAACUUGAUCUGAGAGACGACAAGGACAUCACUGAAGAGCUGAAAAAGAAAAAACAAGUCCCAAUAACACACCCUGAAGGCUUGGCAAAGGCCAGAGAAAUAGGAGCUGUGAAGUACCUGGAGUGCUCAGCAUUAACACAGACUGGCAUUAAGACCGUGUUCAAUGAAGCCAUUCAUGCGGUUCAACACCGGUCCACGGCGAAGAAAAAACAGAAAAAGUGUUUAAUCCUCUAAACUGAUUGAACACACACCAGCUGCAAUCUCAGAGAUGAUGGGAAGAAGAGACUAUGAGAGGCCAUUCAGGAAAUGAUACAUAUUGUAUGUAUUGUGUAAAAAUGCAUUGGUUUACAAGUUGAAUGGAUGCUUUAAUGACAAACCCAUUGGUUAUAUUGUUUUGACCUAAUACACAUUUGAUUGUUCAUUUUUACAUCAGUUUGUUAAAGUAUAUGUUGAAAUGCACAUUGUUUGUUUAAAUAUGUACUGCUAAGGAUACAUUGGUUUGCUAAUGGAGUUUAAUGUCACAAUUGCUAUAGUUGUCCAAAUAUUAUUUUACAUGAAAGUGCAUAACAUGCACAUGAUAUGCAAAAAUAAAUGUAUUAAAGUACACUAUGGUAACUUUUUUGCUCAAAAUGUACAAAAUUGAAAUAAUAAGUGAGUACGUCUUGAAUCAGUCUUCCAAAAUGUGUUUUUAUCUUAUCCUGAAUUGCUAUAGUAUGCCUAUAAAAUGUGCUUAUGUUCUGACUAU